UCUUCAGCAGCCAGUUACUGGACCAUGGAGAACAUGGAUAUCCGAAAAAGUCACUCGGCGGUUUUCGUUAUUGUUUACAUGAUGUUUCUACUUGAUAAUAUUUUACUGACUGUCGUUGUGCCAAUAAUUCCCGACUAUUUAUUCGCCCAUAUUCUCAAUUAUUCGGCUCCUUUGGAAAGUCCCGCCAACUAUGCACCUGCUUCGCUAAGCCCUUUACAGAGAAAGUUUGAAACGCUUGAAGAAGAUAAUGGGCCCUUAGGAGCCCUGCUUGCUUCCAAAGCUUUUGUUCAGUUGGCCUUUACUCCGGUGGUUGGUUAUUUGACUCAGAUCCUUGACUGCAGCGUACCCCUUUUGAUUGGAUCCUGCAAUAUGCUUAUAGCAGCUUUACUUUUUGCAUUUGGAAACUCCUAUGGAAUUCUAGUGUUAGCUAGAGCGCUACAUGGAAGCUCUUCGGCUGCAGUUGCCGUGAGCGGAAUGUGCAUUUUGGCGAAAAAUUUGCCGAAGGAGUCCAGAAAUCGCUUGAUGCCUCUGGCAUUUGGCGGGAUAGCCCUUGGGGUGCUUAUAGGAUAUCCACUAGGAGGGGCUGCCUAUCAGCUGCUAGGAAAAAGCGCUCCAUUCAUGCUCAUCGCUUUCUUCAUCCUGAUCAGCAUUGGUCUCCAGGUUUACAUCCUGGAAACCAGCAGUCAAAAGCCCAAUGGGAGUCAUCUGGAGUCGACUUACGAUCAAUGGGCGGCUCUUCUUAAGGACAAAGUGACUGUUAUAUCAGGUUUGGCCAUUUGCAUUUGCACAUCCACGAUGGCGAUUUUGGAGCCUUGCGUUCCCAUGUGGCUGCUGGUGCAUAUGAAGCCGAGACCUUCCAAGUGGCAACUGGGCGCUGUUUUUAUUCCCGAUAGCAUGGGCUAUUUUAUUGGAUCACAUUUUGCCGGUCUUCUUCCAGUUCAGCCAUGGCGAAUUUCCAUCAGCGCUAUGGUUUUAGCUGGGCUCAGCAGUUGCUACAUACCAAUGGCGAAUACUAUGACUCAAUUGGCAAUUCCCCAUUUCGGCUUGGGAUUGGGAGUAGGCGCAGUUGAUGCAUCUCUAGUGCCACUGCUGGCUAACUUUGUCGAUAACAAGGGCUCUAGCCAAUACGGCCCUGUCUAUGCUUUCCAGCAAGCUGCUGUAGCUGUGGCUUAUUCUUUCGGGCCUUUGCUAGGAGGCCAAGCAGUCGAAGUUGUAGGUUUCCCUUGGCUGAUGCGGCUGGUGGGUUUUGCCAAUUUGCUGUUUUGCCCUCUACUAUUAGAGCUUGAAAAUCUUGGGGGUCAGCGCAAAGGGAUUUUUACGAAAGGAGAACUGCCAUCGUAUGCUACUCUGGACUCAUUGAACAGUUUGUCCCAGCCGACUGAGGAAUAA